AUGAAGACGGAUUUCAAGUUCUCCAACCUUCUGGGGACGGUCUAUCGCAAAGGCAACCUACUUUUUACUCCCGAUGGAACCUGUCUGCUGUCGCCGGUAGGCAAUCGGGUCACGGUUUUUGACCUGGUGCACAACACCUCCUAUACCCUCCCGUUUGCGCAUCGCACCAACAUCGACCGGUUGGACCUAUCGCCCAAGGGCAAUUUAUUGCUUUCCGUCGACGAGAAUGGCCGUGCGAUUUUGACAAAUUUAUACCGCAGAAUUGUGAUCCAUCACUUCUCCUUUAAGGGACGUGUGGCCGCCCUCAAAUUCUCUCCGUCGGGGCGAUUUUUCGCAGUUGGUGUAGGGAGACGAUUGCAAUUCUGGCACACCCCGUCGACACCGGGAACGGACACCAACGGCGAGCUCGAAUUCGCACCCUUUGUGCUUCACCGAGAUCUGGCAGGUCAUUUUGAUGCUAUUGAGCAUCUCGAGUGGUCCAGCGAUUCUCGCUUCGUGCUCACGGCCUCCAAGGAUUUGACCGCACGGAUAUGGAGCUUGGAUCCGGAGGAGGGUUUUGAGCCUACGACUUUGGCAGGACACCGGCAGGGUGUCAAGGGUGUAUACUUCUCGGCUGACCAAGAAGCAAUCUACACCGUUAGCCAAGAUGGUGCCUUGUUCAGGUGGGAAUAUGUCGCAAAGAAGGAUCCGGAGACCAUGGAAGACAUUUCAGACGCCCGGUGGAGAAUCGUCAAGAAGGACUAUUUCAUGCAGCAGGAUGCCAAGGUGAACUGCGCUACAUUCCAUGCGGCUACCGGUCUCUUGAUCGUGGGUUUCUCCAAUGGCCUGUUUGGCCUCUACGACCUACCCGAUUUCAACCCGAUUCAUCUCCUGAGUGUCUCUCAGAGUAAUAUCGACUAUGUCACGAUCAAUAAGUCUGGAGAGUGGCUGGCGCUUGGUUCAUCGAAGCAUGGCCAGUUGCUUGUGUGGGAAUGGCAAUCGGAGUCGUACAUCCUCAAGCAGCAGGGGCACUUGGACUCGAUGAAUGCGAUUGCGUACUCCCCUGAUAGCCAAAAGAUUGUUACCGCUUCUGACGACGGAAAGAUCAAGGUUUGGGACGUCAAGUCCGGCUUCUGCAUUGUGACUUUCACAGAGCAUACCAGUGGGGUGACUGCGUGCGAGUUCGCCAAGAAGGGUAGUGUGUUAUAUACCUCGUCCUUAGACGGCUCUGUACGUGCAUGGGACCUUAUUCGUUACCGUAACUUCCGAACCUUCACGGCACCGUCUCGACUGUCCUUCUCGUCGCUCGCGGUUGACCCCAGCGGCGAAGUUGUUUGCGCUGGCUCUCCAGAUUCAUUCGACAUUCAUGUGUGGUCAGUUCAGACUGGACAGUUGCUGGAUCAGCUGUCGGGCCAUGAAGGACCCAUUGUCAGCCUUGCCUUUGCUGCCGAUGGAAGUCACCUAGUCAGUGGUAGCUGGGACCGCACUGUUCGGAUAUGGAGCAUUUUCGGUCGAUCUCAGACCAGCGAGCCUCUGCAGCUCAUGUCUGACGUUCUGAGUGUCGCAUUUCGACCGGAUGGAAAACAGGUGGCCGCGUCUACCUUGGACGGCCAGUUGUCUUUCUGGUCUGUGGAAGACGCAGUCCAGCAGGGUGGUGUUGACGGACGUCGCGAUGUCUCCGGAGGACGUAAGGUGUCUGAUCGCCGGACCGCAGCCACCGCGGAAGGAACCAAGUCUUUCAACCGAAUCACAUACAGCGCCGACGGCAGCUGUAUUCUGGCCGGAGGAAACAGCAAAUAUAUCUGUUUAUACGACGUGAGGACCGGUUCUUUGGUCAAGAAGUUCACCGUUUCCAUCAACACUUCUCUUGACGGUACCCAGGAAUUCCUCAACAGUCGUGACUUGACUGAAGCGGGUCCCCGGGGUCUCAUUGACGAGGCAGGCGAAGCAUCCGAUCUGGAAGACCGCAUUGACCGUGCCCUUCCUGGCGCCAAACGUGGUGACGCAGGUGCCCGUCGGACUCGUCCCGAAGUGCGUGUCACAUCCGUCGACUUUGCGCCCACUGGUCGUGCAUUCUGUGCAGCUUCCACAGAGGGUCUUCUCAUCUACAGCUUGGAUACAGAAUUCAUCUUCGAUCCCUUCGACCUCGAUAUCGACAUUACACCAUCUACCAUUCUCUCCACUCUCGAGAACGCCAAGAAGGCAUCCAAGGCCGACAUCGCUGAUGACGAUGCUACGUUCCUGAAAGCACUGGUCAUGGCAUUCCGUCUCAACGAGUCGAAACUCAUCCGUGCCGUCUAUGAAGGAAUUCCCCCAUCCGAAAUUCCCCAUGUCGUUCGUUCCUUGCCCACCGUCUACCUCCCCCGUCUCCUACGUUUUGUUGCCUAUGCUGCUGAAGAGACACCUCAUCUCGAAUUCAACCUUCUCUGGUUCGAGUCUAUACUGAGCAGCCAUGGUCGGUACCUCAAGGAUAACUCGGGCACAUUUGCCCAGGAGCUCCGUGCCGUUCAGCGUGCUAUCGAUGACAUCCGCGACAACCUGAAGAAAUUGACAGAGCGAAACGCUUACAACCUCAAGUAUCUUCUCUCGCAGCCCGUGCUUGCGAAAAAGAAGCCCAGCGCUCCUCUCCUUUCACAAAUCGAGGACGGAAACGAUGUUAACGGAAAUGAUGAAAACAUGGCUGAUGCCGACGAGGACGACGGUGAAGAUGAAUGGAUCGGGCUCGAGUAA